AUGGUCAAGCCGCUCUCGAACAAGCAGGCCAACGAGGCCCACCUCGCCAAGAUCGCGAGGGACUUCCGAACCGACACGAUCACGAUGCCGACGGACGAGAUGUUUGAACUCAUGAGGGAUGCGUCGAGGGGCGACGACGUCUACGGCGAGGACCAGGCGACGAACGACUUGCAGGAUAAGAUUGCAAAGAUGGCCGGCAAGGAGGCGGGCUUGUUCUGCGUCUCGGGCACGAUGACCAACCAGCUCGCGAUCCGCACCCACCUCACCCAGCCUCCUCACUCGAUCAUCCUCGACGCCCGCUCGCACGUCCACCUCUACGAAGCCGGCGGUGUCGCGAUGCACUCGCAGGCGUCGUCGCACGCCGUCCCUCCCCGGAAUGGCCACCACCUCACGCUCGAGGAGAUCCUUGACAACGCCGUCUUUGGCGAGGACAUCCACUCGGCACCGACCAAGCUCGUCUCGCUCGAGAACACCCUCUCCGGCAUGGUCUUCCCGCAGGAGGAGAUCGUCCGCAUUUCGGACUGCAUGCGCAGCAACGGCAUCAUCAUGCACUGCGAUGGCGCGCGCAUGUGGGAGGCUGCGGUCAAGACGGGGUUGAGCCUCGAGGAGCUCUGCAGGCCUUUCGACACCGUCUCGCUCUGCUUGUCCAAGGGUCUCGGCGCGCCUGUUGGCUCGGUCCUCGUCGGUCCUCGGAAGUUCAUCGAAAAGGUCAAGUGGUUCCGCAAGGCGUUCGGCGGCGGUAUCCGCCAGUGCGGCUCGCUCGCCGUCGCGGCAGACUACUGCGUCGACAACCACUUCCUCAAGCUCAAGGGCACGCACGAGCUCGCGAGCUACCUCGCCAAGUCGCUGGCCGACCUUGGCGCGCAGCUUCUCCUUCCCGUCGAGACCAACAUGCUUUGGCUCGACCCGUCCUCGCUCGGCUUCUCCAUCGCCGACCUCGCCGCGCGCGCCAAGACGCGCGGCAUCACGCUCGGCUCGAACCGCAUCGUCGUGCACCACCAGAUCACGCGCGAGGCAUGCGAAGACCUCGUCGCUCUCGUCGCCGAGUUGAAGGACGAGUUCAAGGACAGGCCGAAGAAGGAGAUUGACCAGGAGCAGAACAGGCUGUAUGCUGAGGGCGUCUACUCGAGGCCUAUCGAGCCCCCCAUCGCGCGUCUCGGUACCAGCUACGGCAAGAAUCAGUAG